AAUGAUUUCAGUUGCACACCUUCUACAUUUUGUAGAAGAACGCCAAGUCCGUAUGUGUGGCUAAGCCGAGCAAAAUCUCAGCUAGGCUGUCCUCGCCGGAGGGAUGGAUCCGGUUCAAGUUCUCGAAGCGCCGCAGUGUGACGCCGCAGCUGAUCAUCACGAUGGGGUUGACGUCACCUCUUGGGUUUCGGUGUGUCCCAGAGGCCUCUGGGCGGUCCAGAAGACGCUGACGCACUCGGGGAGCCAACGGAAAGUUUUUAAUCCAGGAGAAGCGCCGUCGGCCGCUUACAGGCCAAGGUUGGGUUCACUGUGUCGUGUCCGCGUGUGCCUCAAAGGUGGCACGUGUCAAGCCGUCAAACCGCCAUCUGCAAAAGGAGAUGAGACCCAGCAAGGAGCUGUACGCUUUCCACAGCGCCGGCUGGACUCGGUUCUCCAGCUGGAGCUGGGUGACUGGACCACGCUGAGACUUGGGGAAGGUCAUUGUGAUGUCACAGAAGCCUGCGUGGAGGCCAUGAGAGCAGGAGACUCAUGCGAGAUACGCCUCACUCCAGCAAAUGGAGUGGAUGUGUGCGCUUCGCAGCCCGUGCAGGAACUACGUGCCACCGUGGAACUCCAAGCUUUCACGCCGGGGAAGGAAUCCUGGCAGAUGUCACCUGGUGAAAAAUGGGAGUGGGUGCGGUCCCAUAAGGAGAGAGGAGGCCAGAGGUUCAGAAGCGGAGACUUGUGGGGAGCGUCGGACAGCUACAGUCGCGCCCUCAAACUCGUCGUCGCCCUGCAGGGCUGCGAGGCGGACGGAAAAGAGCACCAAAUGGAAGAACGAAGCGCGACAACCUCCGAAGAUGGACCGAGCUGCCCCACCGUCCGUCAAGUGCGCAGCAUGAAAGCGGAACUUCACUCCAACUUGUCACUGUGCCAGCUCAAACUGAAGCAGCCGGCGCGGGCUAAAGAAAGCGCUGCGAAGGCCACACGGCUGGAACCCGGUGGCGCUAAAGCUUGGUACCGACUCGGCCGAGCCUGCCAGACGGUGAACGAGCUGGAGGAGGCCCGGCUGGCCUUCGGAGAACUCCUCAAGCUGGAGCCGGAAUCCACGGCCGCCGCGAAGGCGCUGAAAGACAUCACGAGUCAAGAGAAGCGGUCCAAUGCCCAGUUGGGACAGAGACUUAGUAAAAUGUUUAGCUAGGAUGCAGUCAAGCAUCUUAAUACUGUCAUACCAACGAUGAUGGUUGUUUUGCGUGCUUCUCCAUUGUCGUCAGCACCUUUCCUCGUGUUGUCAGAAGAGGAAUGUGUUAUUCACGAGGUGCAAAUUUUACAGAAUUAGCGGGGUGUUGUACGGACAUAAGACAGCUACUGUAUGUCUGGCGUAUUGCUUCGGCAGAUGGGUGCGGUAGUUUAAGGCCGUCUUUUUUCACCUCAGCCAAGCAGCCCUUCGUGCCAUCUCGGAUGGAUGACUGUAAUGCACUUUACUUUGGAGCCGGCCAGUCCUCCCUCAAACAUCUCCAGUUGGAUCAGAAUUCUGCCGCUCGCCUCUUAACUGGAACACGAAAGAGGGAGCACAUACAGUUGUGUGCAUAGGUUUACAUACCGUGGCAGAAAUUGUAGGGGGUAAUAUGAAUGAUGACUAAAUGAGCACAAUCGUCGUUUUAUUGCCGUUUUGUUUACCGGCUGUGCGGUUCUGAAAUCCCUUGGUUUGAUUUGAACCGCAUUCAAAAUAAAAUGUUUUGCAUCAUCACAAUUUUGACUCACUGUGAUUUUGCCUCA